AGGGCGGCAGACCUAGUUCACGGUUGCUCGAUAUAUAUCGAGCCGAUCAUCAACACACGUGCGUUAUGCAUACGCGGAUCAUCAACCAACAGCUGAUCGUGCGUAAACUAAGCGUGUUAAUCAUCUACCAUGGCAACAUUUGAAGAGACGAAGGAAGUUUGGAGGAACGCAGACGUCGUGUGCUUCGAUGUCGACAGCACAGUCAGCACAGAGGAAGCCAUCGAUGAACUUGCCGCACACUGCGGCGUUGGGGAGGAGGUUGCGCAAUGGACAAAGAAGGCCAUGGACGGCAGCAUAACGUACAAGGAAACACUGCAGGCCAGAAUGGACAUCAUCAACCCUACCAAAGCUCAAGUCAAGGCUUUCAUAGAGAACCACCCGCCUGCCGAUUAUCUGACGCCUGGUGUGACGGAAUUGAUUCAGCUACUCCUAGCUCGAGGGACGGCAGUGUACUUAGUAACUGGAGGUUUCUUCUGCACAGUUAGUGAGCUGGCCAAAGCGCUGAAGAUCCCGGAAGAAAACAUCUUUGCCAACAAGCUUAAGUUUUUCUACAAUGGUGAGUUUGCUGGAUUCUGUGAGAAGCAGCCCACCUGCGAAGCCGGGGGCAAACCCAAGGUAGUGGGCAUGCUGAAAAAGAAGCACGGCUACCGACAUGUGGUGAUGAUUGGGGACGGCGCCACAGACCUGGAGGCUUGUCCACCUGCUGAUGCUUUCAUCGGAUUCGGUGGCAACAAAGUCCGAGCCAAGGUCCAAGAGGGAGCCAAGUGGUUCGUCUCCAGCUUCCAGGAACUCAUCAGCGUGCUGAACGAGUCUUCAUGAUGUCAUCGCCCAAGGGUGGCGGUUGCCUAGGCUACAACCAAAGGAUUAUGGGAUGGAUACAAUAUGGAAAAAAGAGGGUGACGAAAUGAUGACGUCAUUGUGCAGUACCUAGAACCAGACCAGGCUAAAUUCAGGUCAAUAUGCUUGCAAACCAGCAGCCGAUUUCACGAAACAUCAUGUGCAUAACUUACGUCAUGCGGAUGACUUACACAACAAAUAUCACCUCCGUCCACCAUUUUAGAUUUUAUCUGAAUUUCUUCGGAAUCGUGCAGGAAAUCUCAAAAUUCUGUCACGAGUAACAAACAAAAAAUUCAUUCACUUCAAACACAAAGUGUCUGGUAUCAACUUUGAUAUUAAGUUGUGCAAUGACAAGCUGCACGAUGAUCGCGAUUUGCUAGUAAAAUAAGUAUUUUCAUUCGCUACGCCACAACUUAUACCACCCAUUAAAAUGCCACCUAUGAAACUUUCGUGAAAUGUGUCAUAACUGCAAUGUUGCGCAGCUUGAAAAUGUUGUUCAACGUAUGCAAUAAAUGGUGGCACAAGUAGAGUUACGCCAUUGCGUAAAGUUUCGUAAAAUAGAUUGCCGGGUCGAAUUUCCUGGAGCGGCGAAGCAGAAAAUGUUGCUUAGCGAAAUUAUGUGCUAAGCAGAGAUCAGCAGGGAACCAGUCACAAGCAGUAUGUAAUGCGUGCUGGUAACCUGUUUCUGCUAAGCAGAUACUUUUUUGUGUUUAGCAAAUUUCUGUGCUGAGCAGCUUAGUGAUAGAGGUUAUACUGGGCCGUGUCCGAAUUCUUGGCUACGGCUUGAAGUUACACACAUGUCUAUGGUAGCGGCUGCAGCCACUUCCCAUAGACACGUGUGUAAUUUCAAGCCGAGCCAAGCAAGUCGUACGCGGCCCUGGAAUGUUUUCAAAUUCACAAUGUGGUCACAGAAAGAAUCUAUUUUCAUCAUGCUGAACACCCAAAGGCCACGAUAGAAGUUUGUUUGGAGACAGUUGUCUUGCCAACUGACGUCACAUUUUGCUACUCUUUCCUGCUGGUAUUCCUGAGGAGUGAAAGCUCAGUUUUCAUUUUCAAUAGUGUGAUUUUAAGAUUGAUGCCUAAAUUAUUCCAAAUUUUUCAUAAAAAUUAUCACCAUUUUGAAAUUGUUGCCAAAGAAUAUGUUUUUGGAAAUGUUUGUCAUUUCAGCAAAUUAAGUAAUAACAAAAUAAAUGCUAAUAGUGCAUAUUUAAAACUUGCAUGUCCACCAGUACAGCGUGUCCCAAUAAACAUUGUGCACGAAGAAGUCGCUGAUUUGCUCAAAAGGUGGUCAUACUAGCCAAUCAAAUUUUAUAUUAUUUUAAAGCCUACGGUCUUGUUUAUAAUUGGUGAAAAUAUCAAGAAAAUCCUUCAAUGCAAACCAGAGAUAUAUCGUUGAUUUUGUGAGGCUAUAUUAUUUUCCUCCUGCACAAUUCGAAUCCUGUAGUUAAGCUACCAAUACAUUUCAGCUGUCAAAGAAGAUUGUCAUUGUCAUUGUUCAUUGUCCUUUCAAAAUCUUUGUCAAAGACUAAAUACGUGAUAUCAGGCAUUCCAAGUGGUAUUAGAUUUGAUUAUAUAAUGUUAUGUACCCAAAAUGUUAUCUGUGAACACUCUUAUCCAAAUGCCAUGCAAUAUUUCAAGCACUGCGUAACACAUACCAAUAACCCAAUGAUU